GAAGCGCGCAUGCGCCACAGCGCCAGCGCUCUCCCCGGAUAGAGCGGGGCCCGAGCCCGUCCGCGGUGGUGGUUCCGCUCGCGCUCCCGCGCCGCCAUGUCGGCCACCAUCGAGCGGGAGUUCGAGGAACUGGAUGCUCAGUCUCGCUGGCAGGUGUUAUACGCGGAAAUUCGAAAUGAGUCCCAUGACUAUCCUCAUAGAGUGGCCAAGUUUCCUGAAAACAGAAAUCGAAACAGAUACAGAGAUGUAAGCCCGUAUGAUCACAGUCGUGUUAAACUGCAAAAUACUGAAAAUGAUUAUAUUAAUGCCAGCUUAGUUGACAUAGAAGAGGCACAAAGAAGUUACAUCUUAACACAGGGUCCACUUCCUAACACAUGUUGCCACUUCUGGUUCAUGGUGUGGCAGCAAAAGACCAAAGCAGUUGUCAUGUUAAACCGAAUUGUAGAGAAAGAAUCGGUUAAGUGUGCACAGUACUGGCCAACAGAUGACCGAGAGAUGGUGUUUAAGGAAACGGGAUUCAGUGUGAAACUCUUAUCUGAAGAUGUGAAAUCAUAUUACACAGUACAUCUACUACAGUUAGAACAUAUCGAUAGUGGUGAAACCAGAACAAUAUCUCACUUUCAUUAUACUACCUGGCCAGAUUUUGGAGUUCCUGAGUCACCAGCUUCAUUCCUAAAUUUUUUGUUUAAAGUUAGAGAAUCUGGCUCCUUGAGCCCUGACCACGGACCUGCAGUGAUCCACUGCAGUGCAGGCAUUGGGCGCUCUGGCACCUUCUCUCUUGUAGACACCUGCCUUAUUCUAAUGGAAAAAGGAGAUGAUGUUAAUGUGAAACAAGUAUUAUUGAACAUGAGAAAGUAUCGAAUGGGACUUAUUCAGACCCCAGACCAGCUCAGAUUCUCCUAUAUGGCCAUAAUAGAAGGAGCAAAGUACAUAAAAGGAGAUUCAAAUAUACAGAAACGGUGGAGAGAACUUUCUAAAGAAGAUUUAUCUCCUAUUUAUGAUCAUUCACACAAUAGAACAAUGAUUGAAAAGUACAAUGGGAAGAGAAGAGGUUCAGAAGAUGAGAAAUUAACAGGACUUCCUUCUAAGAUGCAAGACACUGUGGAAGAGAACAGUGAAAGUAUUCUGCGGAAACGUAUCCGAGAGGACAGAAAGGCUACUACAGCUCAGAAGGUGCAGCAGAUGAAACAGAGGCUAAAUGAAACUGAACGAAAAAGAAAAAGUGGUCACGCUUGUGGUUAUGUAUUCCUUUCCACAGUUAACCAGGCCAAGACUGACAGACACCUAAAUGUUCAUGACUUGAGACUAUUCUGCAGCUAUAAAUUUUGAACCUUUGAUGUGCAAAGCAAGAGCCGAAGCCCACUCCGGAAACUAAAGUGAGGCUUGCUAACCCUGUAGAUUGCCUCACAAGUUGUUUACAAAGUAAGCUUUACAUCCAGGGGAUGAAGAAAGCCACCAGCAGAAGACUCGCAAACCCUUUAAUUUGAUGUAUUGUUUUUUAACAUAUGUAUGAAAUGUAGAAAGAUGUAAAAGAAAUAAAUUAGGAGAGACUUCUUUGUAUUGUACUGCCAUUCCUAAUGUAUUUUUAUACUUUUUGGCAGCAUUAAAUAUUUUUAUUAAAUAGA